UCUCAGUAAUGGCGGCUACGUUCCCUUCGCCUUCGCUAAAUAACAAUAAAUGGUACUUCACGCGCGAACAAAUCGAAAACAGCCCAUCUCGCCGAGCGGGACUUGAUCCCGACAAAGAGCUCUCGUACCGACAGCAAGCUGCUAACCUGCUGCAGGACAUGGGACAGCGGCUCAACGUGUCACAACUCACAAUUAACACUGCCAUUGUGUAUAUGCAUCGCUUUUACAUGGUCCAGUCCUUCACUCGCUUCCACCGGAAUGUGAUUGCUCCUGCAGCUCUGUUUUUAGCAGCGAAGGUGGAGGAACAGCCCCGUAAGCUGGAGCAUGUGAUUAAGGUGACCCAUGCGUGUCUCAAUCCUCAGGACCCAUCACCAGACACCAGGAGUGAUACAUACCUGCAACAAGCCCAAGACCUGGUCAUUCUUGAGAGCAUAAUACUCCAGACCCUGGGUUUUGAGAUCACCAUUGAUCAUCCUCACACACAUGUUGUCAAGUGUACCCAGCUUGUGCGAGGUGAGAACCAGCUGCUCACUCUAAACUGUGCUUCGUAUUGCUCAGUAAAGGGUACGUCUAGCACACCAAGCUCACAGAUUUCACGUCUGAUCAUGAGCUUUCCUUUUAUUGUUCCAGCGAGUAAGGAUUUGGCUCAGACUUCAUAUUUCAUGGCAACAAACAGUCUUCAUUUGACUACGUUCUGUCUGCAGUAUAGUCCACCAAUUGUAGCUUGUGUUUGUAUUCAUCUGGCCUGUAAAUGGUCCAACUGGGAGAUUCCCGUUUCCACAGAUGGCAAACACUGGUGGCAGUAUGUUGACCCCACUGUGACCCUUGAGCUGUUGGAUGAGCUCACUCAUGAGUUCCUGCAGAUCUUGGAAAAGACACCCAGCCGCUUAAAACGCACCAGAAACUGGAAAGCUGCAGGUCAAACUGCCAAGAAAUCGAAAGUGCAGGAUGGAGAUCAGUCUGAAGCCAUCAUGAACAUGAUCUCCAUGUCGUCGUCCGACAGCACGUUGGCAGGACUGACGAGCCUCUCCGCUCCACCCUCCGGUUCCUCCAUGGACUCUUGUGCAGACGAGCACAGUGCCGCAGCCUCCGCUCAACACUGGCAGCCUCCCAGCAAAGAGCAGCCCACCGCCAACGAGCUCCACGCACCCGCCAAAGUCUCUCUGAGCGAGUAUCGGGCCAAGCACGCGGACGAGUUGGCGGCACAGAAGCGGGAGCUGAAGAACAUGGAGGCAAGUGUGAAACAAGGAUACGCCACUGCCGCCCAGGCCCUAAUGAACCAGCAGAGGAAAGAUAAACACCAUCACCACCAACAGACCAGCUCCUCAGACACCAACAACCCAUCCCCAAUCGUCUUAAAGAUCCCGCUGGAUGAGCGAUCGGAGCGAAGUUCCAUAAAAAUGCGCUUACCUGUGCCAGGUCAGUCCGGCGGGGGUCACAGCCACAGCAGCAGUAGCAGCAGCCGCGGAUCAGACCAGGACAUCAAAGUGCGCAUUCGGGUUCCAGACAGGCGAAGCGGAUCCGGAGAAGAUGGGAAAAGUCGUGAAAAACACCGAGAGCGAUCCAACCACCACCACCAUCAUCACCACCACCACCACCACUCUUCCUCCUCCAGCACGGGUUCCCUCUCAGCAUCGUCUUCCUCAUCCUCAGCACAAAAACACUCGGCCGGCGCUUCAGGAAGUAGCAAAAAGCUCUCAGGUGAUUCAGUGCGGACGAGCUCUUCAUCGUCGAUGUCACGAAAACGAACCCACAUGCCAGAUCCUUCCUCCGCCAGCACCCACUCAUCCUCAAAAGUCAGCAAAUCAUCCAGAAACUCAUUUCAGUUGCCCACGCUCCCUGGAGUGCCGUCUCAUGUGAUGCCCGACAUCCUUCCCUCGCUGCACCAUCAGGGAAACUAUUCGCACUCCAAGACGGACAAAGCGGAUACAAACGGUCACAACACGGCCGGACAGUCUAACGAGUACCAGGACACCUUUGACAUGUUGAACUCGCUGCUCAGUGCGCAGGGCGUCCAGCCGGCGCAACCUCAGAUAUUUGACUACCGCUCUCAAUACGGAGAGUUUCGCUAUAGCAGCAGCGCUCGCGGAGGAGCACAGCCGCCACCUUUACCCUCAGAACCACCUCCACCUCUGCCUCCAUUGCCCAAAUAAAGCGCUCGUAUCAUCCGUCCACACAUGCUGAUCAAAUCAGUGCUUAUGGGAGUCCUGUGUGCGCCUAACUUUAGUGUGAUGUUGCGUUUGACAGCGGAGUAAUGUAAGGCAAAGGAAAAAGAUUGCCCUAAUGUUGUCUUGCGUCUUUGUGUGUGUGUGUGCGUGCGCAAGCGAGUGCGUUCACAACACCCCAUCUGUGGCAAUAAUGUUAAAGUAGAACAAAAUAUUGCAAAAAAAAAAGGCAAAAAUGUUAUUUAUUGAAACGAAAAAAAUAAUUGUACAUACUACUAUUUUUUUGAUGUUGUUCACUUUUAUAUCCGCGCUAACAGAAAAGCAGAAUGGAAUUAAGGGUAUGUAUUACUGAAUGAGAGGGACUCGCGGCCCUCUUUAAAAAAGAAAAAAAAAGUGUAACCUUGAAUGCAAAAUGGAAAAUGUUUUAUGUAUGGAUUUAAGUCUCGCUAACGAUAUAUAUGUGUCUUUUUUUAUGGAGUAUGGUAUUUAUUAUUAGCCUUUUAAAUCCAUAGUUAUUAGCAGUCGUUGCUUGAAUGCGUCUCCAGACGAUAUCUGGAUUUAUUUUUAUACUGUUGUAAGUAAACCUGCUUCCCAGUCUGUAUUUACUUGAUGCGCGUCAUGAGAAAUGGACACGCACACAAACACAAAUCACCAAUAUUUGCAUCAUAAUGCGUUCCUAAAAUUACGAAUAGCUGCGUUUUUGUUUUGUUUGGUAAAUAUUUUUUACUUUCUAUUAAUGAUGAAAAUUGACGACUAUUUAAAAGAAAAAAACAAUUAAGAAAAUGAAUCGUUUUUGAAAGAUAUGAUCACUAGACUUACAGUUCUAGCCUCUGAAGCUGAUGCAGUCAUUGUUUUAAAUGGUUGUCGAAUAUCACACUCAUUUAUAAUACACUAUACACAGCAGUAUGUUGGACUCUCUACAUCCUUUUAUUUAUUUCAGUUCAGCUUCUUCAUGUAUAGACAGUUUUUUCCUAAUGUAACUGACCUAUAAAUGGGCCCUCAGACUUAAAUGAAUCUGUGAUGGACAGAAAUGAUUGAAAGUACAAGUAGUAUGACAAAUAUUGGUUUACUUGCAAAUCACAUCCAUUCUUUCUGUAUUUAUGAAUGAUUCAUAUUGAACUUGUGAUACUUUUUGUCCAGCGUACCUAUGUUUUAUAGCAUGGGUCUCAAACUCAAUUCCUGGAGGGCCGCAGCUCUGCACAGUUUUGCUCCAACCCUGAUCAGCUGCGUUUGAUCAGGGUUGUAGCAACACUGUGCAAAGCUGCAGUUCUCCAGGAAUUGAGUUCGAGACCUGUUUUAUAAGGAUACUUCAUCAGCAAAUUAAUAUUGUCAUUAUUUAGUAAGCCGAAACAUUUUAAUCAUUAGGCCUUGGUGGUUAUUGGAUCCCAGCGUUUCUUAGAAAUCUUUUUUGGAUGAAAUAUCUUCUUAAAUAUGAUGUCUAAAAUGGUCUUUUAGGUUCAUAUAUGGUAUAUGCCUGCAUUCAAACCCUCAACUUGACACUUGUAGAGCCACUAGGGAGCAUGCUGACUAUUAAUGUUCGUUAAACUGGUUUAAUCCUUUUAUUUCUGUUUUUGUUUUUCUCAGCACAAACCCAAAUGCUAUCUCAUAUGAGUCUAUUUUGGCAUUUUAUAAUGUAACUGACUUGUAAAUGGCCUCUCAGCCCCUUCGAUGGACAAAAAUGUAAUCUGAUGAAACCUGUUUCAACCAAUUUUUAGUGGAACUGGUGUGUUUUGUCUGUGAAUUUUAUUUUAUUAUUAUUUUUUUGAUUAACGCAGAAUAACACAACAGUAAAACAUAUUUUUUUUACCUAUGAGGGUCUCAAACUCAAUUCCUGGAGGGCUGCAGCACUGCACAGUUUUGCUCCAACUCUAUUCAAACACAGCUUAUCCCAAUAAUUGAGGUGUUCAAAAGAGUCCUGAACACCUUCUUUAGUUGGAUCAGGUGUGUUUGAUCAGGGUUCAAGCAAAACUGUGCAGAGCUGCGGCCCUUCAGGAAUUGAGUUUGAGACCUAUGAUUAGGCCCACCCGGAAUCUGCGUGCGCAGAUUUUCUGCAGAUUUUUAGCCCAUCAUUCAUUCUGUUUAUUUAAUUGAGUAAAUGUGUGUAAAUCUAUAUUUAUUCCGUUUUUAAAUUAAUUACAGUAAUAUUAUUGACUAAUAUGAAAAUAUUAAUAUGAUU